AUGUCGAGCAUUUUCCUUAAGUUUAAGCACCUGCCGAGUGAAGGUGCCCUGGUCGGGGUACAGACGCGGGAAGGUUAUGAGGCACCCUGGCGCAGGAACACCGUCAGCAGUUGGUUAAUGAUGGAUUCUGAGAAGAACCCGGAGAAUGCUGAGGAUGGAAACGGAAAGACGGAAACACGAGACUUGACGAGCGUGUCGUCCGCUGGUGUGGAGCAUCUUGAGGCUCAUGUGAGGGUGGGGUCCUCUCUGCAGGAAGCGAGCACAGACCUCGAGAGGAAGGAAAAGCCUUCUGCAAGCAAAAGAGGUGUUUCAGAGUCCUCAGACCCGGAUGGUGUUGGCCUGGAGGAAGACAGACGUCAGCAUGCUGCCAAGCGGAUGAAAUUAGAUGAGGUGGAGCCCCAGAAGUGUGGCGAGCAGGGCACUGACACAGCCCUGGCGGGGGGGACCCCACGAGAGAAAGCUGCUCAGGAGGCCUUCCCCAAUGCCUGCGAAGUCAGCACUGUCCGGGAUGGUGCUCUGAAAACUGACACUGGAAAGAAGUCAGCUCAAGAAGUGGUUCCCCUUGACCCCGAAAGAGAUGCCCCUCUCCCCCUGCAGGAGGUUAGUGUGAGCUGCACCGUGGGAAAUGUAGAUGCCAUUCUGAAAUGCAGCACUUGUGGCCACUUGUUUUCUUCUCACUCUGACUUGGACAAGCACACCGAGUGCCAUGUGCAGCUGUCCGAGGGACACACCUGCUGCCACUGUGGCCACAAAGCCGAGAGCAGUGCGGCAUUGCAUCUUCACAUCAGACAAACCCACGGGACACAGAAAGUCUUUGCCUGCGACCUCUGUGGUUUUCAGUGCAGUGAGGAAAACCUGUUGAAUGCACAUUAUCUGGGCAAAACACAUCUCCGGCGUCAGAAUCUCGCUGCUCGUGGAGGAUUUGUGCAGAUGUUGACGAAACCGUCUUUUCCUAAAAAAACAUGUCUGACAGGAACAAAAAGUGUUCACGUGAAACCAAGAGCUUCUAAACCAAUAGCUAAGAAUACUGAUUCAAAAGGAUUACGAAAUGCUGGAAGUAAAUUGAAAGAUUUCAGGGAAAGCAGUUCCCCACAAAGUGGCAGUGAGCUUCUUGUUGAAAUGACCUCAUCCAGAACUUCUUCUUCAGAACAGAGAGUGACAGUUGAGGAAAAUGCUUCCUCCCUCGGUGCGGCUCAGGAUCCUGAAAACCAGGGUAAAACGCUGGGAGCUUUAGUGACCUCAGAGAGUCUCUCAGAGAAAUCGGAACCUCACAGAGGUAUCGUCCAGGCCACACAUGGUAUCAACAUGAGACCCAGACCUGAGUGGAGUAUUCUGAUGUCAGGGAAUAGCCUUCGACGGCGAGGCAGCACUUUGACCUUAAAAGGCCAGGCCAAGAGAAGGUUUAAUCUUUUAGGAAUGAAUAAAAGAGGCACACAUGAAGCUCAGAGGCUGUACAUGAAACACUUCAGGACACAGAUGAAGACAGGUGAUGCCCAGUCAGCGGCCAAGGCUGUGGAGAUGAGCAACAGUGUUAAGAGCGUGGGUGUGACCACUUUAGACGCUCAGGAGCUGAAGCAGGACAAGCGGAGUGCCCGUCUUCCCGGCCCUGGGCAGCUGGGCACACUGACAGCAAAGCCCGCUCCGGGUCUUCAAGCUCUGUGGACUUGUACAGACUGUGGUGACAUAACUGCAACCAGAAGUGAUUGGGAAGCCCACGUGGGGAGAUGCCACACAAGAGUGAUGCAAUUGCGCUGCCAGACAUGCAGCUUUUCAGCCACAUCGAGGGCGGACUUUGAUGAGCAUUUACGCAAUAACCAGCAUCAGCAGUUGGCCUCUGUCUUCACCUGUCACUGUUGUUCAUUCGUUUCCUCAACUGACGUGAAUCUUCAGGACCACAUGAGGGAGAAGCACAGCGUGGGCUUCCCUUGUGCUCCAUGUAAUCUGGUUUCCUUAUCUGAGACAGAUAUGGAAGCGCACAGAGCAACUGAAGCGCAUCUUAGUUUGUCGGGUCAGCCAAAGACUUCUCCAUCGUUGAGCAGGGAGUUGGUUUUACAGACUCUACCUUUCAGUACUUUAGAACCAGAAGGCACACCUAUGAAUGAGUCAGGAAAGGCCCUUGAGGUAGAACCUGAGUCUGGGGUGAGCCACGGGAGUGAAGGAAGGCAUCCGACUUUGAGUAAGCCCCAGUUUCAGUGUAAGAAGUGUUUUUAUAAAACAAGAUCUUCCACUGUUCUGACAAGACAUAUAAAGCUUCGACAUGGCCAAGACUAUCACUUUCUUUGUAAAGCAUGUAAUCUUUAUUCAUUGAGCAAAGAAGGAAUGGAAAAGCACAUUAAAAGAAGCAAGCAUCUUGAAAAUGCUAAGAAAAAUAAUAUUGGCUUAAGCUUUGAAGAAUGCAUUGAAAGGGUGUGUAUUGGUGCAAACGAUAAGAAAGAUGAGUUUAGCAUUUCUGGAAAUGGAAGGAGUGAAGGCCAGGUAGAGGGUGUGCAAUUGCAGGAGCAUUCCGGUCUUGAGAAGAAUGCACUGAUGACUAGGGAACUGUCACAGUCUGGUAUAGUCACCAAAGAUCAUGAGCUGGCUUUGACCAGUGCCCCAAAGAGAGGGAGACCUAAAGGUAACAUCUCAAGGACUUGUUCACAUUGUGGUCUUUUGGCCUCUAGUAUUACAAACUUGACUGUCCACAUAAGACGAAAACACAGUCACCAGUACAGUUACUUAUGUAAAGUGUGUAAAUACUAUACUGUAACUAAGGGGGACAUGGAGCGCCAUUGUGCCACCAAGAAACACAAAGGACGUGUACAAGUUGAAGCCAGUGGAAAACAAAAUUCCGAUGUCAUUGUCGGCCCACAAGGGGGUAAUCUUGAAUCUUGCAGAAAGACCACUGGCUCAGCAGUGACCCUUUCAGAUGAACAUGCUGCCAUAUCUGCUGAGCCACAUGCCUCUGUUUCAGAAAAGCCAGUAGCAGAUCGCAGAGACCCCAGUGAAGUUGCACUUGGAAAUGUAGUUCUUUCCAUAGGUGAGGACGUGAACAGUCAUCCUGCUGACAAAAAAGAGCAAAUCUGUCUUGAACCAGAGGGCCUUAUCCAAGAUGGGAUCACAUGUUCUCAGAGAGAUGCAUCAGGAACAAGUGACAAUAAAUGUAUGCACUGUGAGUUUCAUGCUCACUCCUCUGCUUCUCUGGAACUGCACAUCAAACGGAAACAUACAAAAGAGUUUGAGUUUUAUUGCAUGGCAUGUGAUUACUACGCAGUUACUCGUCGGGAGAUGACGAGGCACGCAGCCACAGAGAAGCACAAAAUUAAAAGGCAGUCUUAUCUUAACUCCUCUACUGAUGUAGAAGCAAGUUCUUCAGAAAUGUCCAAAAAUAUUAUUAUAACUGAAGAGGAACAUCAACCAAGUUCUGAAGAUUUUCAGAUAAUUUUUGACCAAUCAUCAGAUACUCUUAAGUCUAGAAAUGCCACUGAUUGUUCUAUUUUAGAUGUGAACACUAAUUUAGAUAUGUCUAAAGGACUUUGUGCUCCCGAUUCUGUGGAAAUUGAGGCUGAAGAAGCAUCUAAUUUUAGCGAAGGUCAUCCCUUCUGUGAGACUUUGCAACAGCCCCUUGUCAAAGAUAAAGUUAUGAAACCCGAGGAGGUGGUGUCCCUAAGUGUUCCCUCUGAUUGUGGCUCCCCAAACAAACUUCACAGUGAAAACUCCGGAAGCUCAGUGCUGAACUGUGAAAUAGCAAAGGGAGACCAUGGUGUGCUGAGUGAUGUCUGUGGUCCCAGUACACAUUGUGAGAGUGGCGGGGGAGAUGCAGGCAGUGGUGGAGGUGUAGCCAGGAACCCACCCCCGGAUCCUGAUGCUCUGGCUGGACACCACCUCAUGGAAAGCACCGUUCCUGUUGUUAUGAGCAUCACCGGAGAGCAGCUGACCCUGGACCACGGCAACCAAAGCCAGGUUGGUGGUGCGCCUCCUUCGGAUGACGUGAAAGGACUUCCAGAAGACCCCGUUCUGGGGAAUAAGGAAAUGCUGACGAAUUCCCAGCAGGAAGCAAAAAUUAUUUUGGAAGAGGAUGGGCCAGCUUCCGACAGUACGGUUGAAGGUAGUGACGUUUAUGAAACUAUAAUCAGUAUUGACGACAAAGGACAGGCCGUGUACAGUUUUGGCCGGUUUGAUUCUUCCAUCAUCAGGAUCAGGACCCCUGAGGAUGGUGAACUGAUAGAGCCAUCGGAGGCGGGUCUGGUGACUGCUGGAGUGAGAGUCAGUGAGUUGCCCUUAAAAGACCCUACUCCGGGUGGGAAAAAGAAGAAACUGGAAGGCACUUGCUUUGGAGAGUCCACUCGGAUUCGGUGUGAUGACUGUGGUUUCUUAGCAGAUGGGCUGAGCGGGCUGAACGUGCAUAUUGCCAUGAAGCACCCCACCAAGGAGAAGCACUUCCACUGUUUGCUGUGCGGGAAGUCCUUUUACACCGAGAGCAACCUGCACCAGCACCUGGCCAGCGCCGGCCACCUGAGGAACGAGCAGGCCAGCGUGGAGGAGCUCCCCGAGGGGGGGGCCACCUUCAAAUGCGUCAAGUGCACGGAGCCCUUCGACUCGGAGCAGCACUUGUUUCUCCACAUCAAAGGGCAGCACGAGGAGCUGCUGCGGGAGGUGAAUAAGUACAUAGUGGAGGACACGGAGCAGAUCAACCGGGAGAGAGAGGAGAACCGGGGGAGCGCGUGCAGCUACUGCGGGAAGACGUGUCGCAGCAGCAACUCGAUGGCAUUCCUCGCACACAUCCGCACUCACACAGGAUCAAAACCAUUCAAGUGCAAGAUAUGCCAUUUUGCAACAGCUCAGCUUGGAGAUGCCAGGAACCACGUCAAGAGGCACCUGGGAAUGAGGGAGUACAAGUGUCACGUCUGUGGGGUGGCUUUUGUAAUGAAGAAGCACUUAAAUACGCAUCUCCUGGGCAAACACGGAGUCGGCACCCCAAAAGAAAGGAAAUUCACAUGCCACCUUUGCGACCGAAGUUUCACGGAGAAGUGGGCCCUCAACAACCACAUGAAGCUGCACACUGGCGAGAAGCCGUUCAAGUGCACCUGGCCCACCUGCCACUACUCCUUCCUCACCGCCUCGGCCAUGAAAGACCACUACCGGACCCACACAGGCGAGAAGUCGUUCCUGUGUGAUCUCUGUGGCUUUGCUGGCGGGACCCGGCACGCUCUCACCAAACACCGACGGCAGCACACAGGAGAAAAGCCUUUCAAGUGCGAGGAGUGUAACUUUGCCUCCACCACGCAGUCUCACCUGACACGGCAUAAGCGUGUGCACACCGGAGAAAAGCCCUACAGGUGUCCCUGGUGCGACUACAGGUCCAACUGUGCCGAAAAUAUCCGCAAGCACAUACUACACACUGGCAAACACGAGGGGGUCAAGAUGUACAACUGUCCCAAGUGUGACUACGGGACCAACGUCCCCGCGGAGUUCCGGAACCACCUGAAAGAGCAGCAUCCUGACAUCGAGAACCCGGACCUGGCGUACCUCCAUGCAGGCAUCGUCUCCAAGUCCUACGAGUGCCGACUGAAGGGGCAGGGCGCGGCCUUCGUGGAGACGGACAGCCCCUUCACUGCGGCCGCCCUGGCGGACGAGGCCCCCGUCAAGGACAAGCCGCUCCGCAGCAGCCGGCGGCCGGGGCUGGCCGCCGAGCGUCUCCAGCAGGUCAUCAUCAUCCAGGACUAUGACGGGGAGCUCGCCAUCGACGCCUCGGUGGAGGAGACUGCCGCCGCCACCCUGCAGACCCUGGCAAUGGCCGGCCAGGUGGCACGGGUGCUGCACAUCAGUGAGGACGGACAGGUCAUCGCCACCAGCCAGAGCGGGGCGCACGUGGGCAGCCUGGUGCCUGGCCAGUUCCUCCCGGAGCAGCUGGCAGAGGGCGCGGCACAGGUGGUGGUGCUCGGGGGCCCAGUGGAAGGCAGCGGCGCGGACGAGUCUCUGGGCGCCAGCGGCGCCGUCCUGCAGCAGGUGGCCAAACAGGAAAUCGUGAGUCUUGCCGAGGCCGGCCUGGCGCCCCCAGACUCCGCCUCCGCCCUCGACGCGCUGCUCUGUGCGGUCUCCGAGCUAGGAGAGGCGGAGGGUUGCACCGACCGUGAGGAGCGGAGCAGGUGCGGUCCCAGGGACGUGCUGAUCCAGGUGCCUGGCCCAGAGGCACCUCCCGCCCCCCUGGGCCCCGAGGCACCCGAGCUCCCACUGUUCCCUGAGGUCCAGGGCUGCUCGGCCGAGCUGGAGCCCGUGGAGGCGCUGACCCAGGUGGUCCGGGCCUCCGCCCUCCUGUCCUCCCAGGAGCGAGCUCAGGUGGCCUUCAAGAAGGUGGUUCAGGGCGUGCUGCAGUUCACUGUCUGUGACUCAGCCGCUGCCGACCAGCUCAUCCCUGAGGGCAUCACCCAGGUCAUUGUCAACGAAGAAGGCACCGUGCACAUGGUGGCCCGGGAGGGCUCACAGGUCAUCAUGCAGGAGGCGGAGCCACGCGGCCUGCGAGUGCCGGGCGAGCACAUGGACUUGGUCGAGUCGGACGGGGAGAUCUCGCAGAUCAUCGUGACGGAGGAGCUGGUGCAGGCCAUGGUCCAGGAGUCGACCAGCGCCUUCCCCGAGGGGGCCACGCACUACAUCGUGACCGAGCUGCCCCCUGGGGCACAGGACGAGGCGGGCGUGUACUCCCACACCGUGAUUGAGACGGCCGGCUCCCCGCAGCUCCUGCAGGCCGGGGCUGCUCUGAGCGCAGACGCCGUGGCCCCACAGGGAGCAGGACAGCUGGCCAGCAUGGUCAUUUACGCGCAGGGAGGCUCGCCGGCAGCCGCAGUCAUCCAGAGCCAAAGAGAAAGUUCCGAGCUGCAGGAAGCAUAG